CAGGGGAAGACUCCAGCCUUGUUUAAAUAUUAAACCAGUGCAGUCUUGAAGGAGGCGGGGACACCAGCUUCACCUGCCACUUCACGCUGUACCUUGCACCGUCGCCACAGCCAUGAAGCAAAAGCAAGGACUUGAGGAUACCAAGGAGCUAACCCUGAAAUUUGAAUUCAACCCCAAAGAUGGGAUUGAUAACCCAGCCCUGUCACUGGCAGAGGACUCCGAUACAGAAGGUGCAGAGAAGCCACGGUUCUACCUGCUGACCAAGGGCGAUGGGGAGAGCUUUGGGUUCUGCCUACGUGAGGAGAUGGGGUACAAGGGGCACAUCAUCCGGCAGGUUGUGUGCGGGGGGAUGGCCCAGCGCAGGGGCCUGCAGGAUGGGGACCGGAUCCUGGAGGUGAACGGUGAAUAUGUGGACAACAUGGAGCACUUCAGGGUGGUGCAGAAGAUCAAGGCCAGUGGUAACCAGGUGGCUGUUGCAGUCCUGGAUGGCAAUGCCUACGAAGUCGCAAAAGCCCUCGACAAGAACCUGGCAGAGCUGCUGCCAGGCCACACCAGGCCACGGCUCUGCCACGUCGUGAAGGACAAAAGUGGCUUCGGCUUCAGCGUUUCAGCUCCAGAAGGUGUGAAGGGCACCUUCCGGCUGUCGGUCACGAGCGACGGCCCAGCGGAUAAAGCGGGUGUCCCCUCUGGCUCCUGGCUGCUCGAGCUCAACGGGGCCAGCGUGAGGAACUACACUUACACACGGCUCACCAGGAAGCUCAAGCAGAGUGGCAGCAAAGUGACCCUGCUGGUGAUAGAUGCCAAGUCGGAGGAGUUCUACCGGCUGCAGGGUGUCAGGGUCAUAGCUUCCAUGGCCGAUGCCGCCACGCUGCCCUUCAAGGCCAGGAAGCUGCACAUGGUGAAAGGUCCAGACGGCUACGGGUUCCUGCUGAAGGAAGAGAAGUGCAGUUCAGGGACGAUGGGCCAGUUCCUGAGUGAGGUGGAUACUGGGCUGCCAGCCGACAGGGCGGGGAUGAGGGAUGGAGACCGGCUCCUGGCCGUGAACAGUGAGGGUGUGGAGGGGCUGUGCCACCAGGAGGUGGUGGACAUGAUCCGCGCCGGCGGCAACCAGGUGACGUUGCUGGUCAUCGAUCCAGAUGGAGACAAAUUCUACAGCUCGAUUGGGUUGUCCCCGCUACUGUUCUCUGAAGAUGGGCACCUGUCAUCAGGCACUCACACCAUCCCAGGAUCCCAUCCCAGCAUGCCUCAGGGAAAUGGCGCGCCCGUCGGCACGCCCCGCCUCUGCCACCUUGACAUGGGGCCGGAAGGGUACGGAUUCCAGCUGCAGACUGUCGCCGACAAGCCAGGGAUCUUCAUCACGCAGGUGGCCGCGGGCAGCGGCGGGAAGCGAGCAGGCCUGAAGGAAGGGGACGUGGUGAUUGAGGUCAAUGGGAGGAACGUGGAGCAGGCGAGCUACGAAGAGGUGCUGGGGAGGAUAAAGGAGAGUGGCCAGCAGCUGACGUUGCUGGUGGUGGAGCAGGAGCAGCUGAGGAGCUACGGGGAGAUGGACCUCGCUGUCACGGCUGAUAUGGCAGAGGGCGGCGAUGCUGCUGCCAGGGCCGAGGCCCUGCUGGGUUCUAGGCAGGGGCCACGGUGUGAGGAAUGGAAGGGACUGAGCCAGUCUUUCUAGCCACUCUGUGCUGGACCCGUGGGGCUCAGCGCAAUGCCAGCUCUGGAGCGGCUUCAAACCACAGCCCAGACCAACCCUGGACACGCG